UCAAAAUGUGUCGCCUAGGACACUGUUUACAAAUGGCGGCGCCCAUGUUCAGGAAAUAAAAAGAAUAAAGAGAGAAAAGUACAAAAGAGAGACCAAUAUGCCAGAGAAGAAGGGGAAGAAAGGGGAGGACGCUGGGCCCGUCAUCAUGAACGGCAUGUUUGUUUUCCCGAAUGGCGACAAAUAUGAGGGUGAAUACAUGCAGCAAGACGGCUCCAUCAUUCGGACCGGUCAGGGCCGUCACGUGACCACGGACGGGAGCGUCUACGAAGGCGAGUGGUCGGAAGACAAGAUGUCGGGCCAGGGGAUGCUCACCCACCACUCGGGGGCAAAGUACACGGGGGAGUUUGUAAAUAACCAGUUCCAGGGGCGGGGCGUGUACACCUGGCCUAACGGGUCAUCGUAUGAGGGAGACUUCGUGGAAAACAAGUUGGAAGGAACUGGAAAUUUCACAGAUACCGACCAACAAAUAUGGACCGGCCAGUUCCGGUAUAAGGCGGCGCCAGGUCUCCAUUUUCAGCUUCGUCUAGAGUAACUUCCGCUUCCGCUCUAACACUUAAUUUGGAUUCUAUCGGCCAUCUUCACGAACAUUUAUUUAUACAUAAGUAUUCGAAAAGAAACAUUUUUUUCUUAAUGUGUGAACAUACAAAAACAAAAAUGAUACAGGGCGGUUUUAACUUUAUUUUAUAUGGAUAUAUACAUAAAAACACUUUACAUUUCAGUGAGUCGAAAAGAAAAGAAAUAUAUAUUUUUUUUAUUAUGUAUCAUGUGUCAUGGACCUGAUUUUAUCUGAUUGUAUUUUAAUAGCCAUGCAAGACAUAGAGUCGAAAAAUCAAUAAACAAUCAAUAAAAGAAUCUUGUAUUAAACACCGUUGAUCGAGGUGAUUUAUGCUGAAAUGCUAAUUAUGCUGAAUAUAAAUUACAAGUCAUUAUCGAUGUACAUCUUCAUAAACAAUAUGUACAUUUCCAAAAUUAUGUUUUUAGUUUAAAAUUAAGUGCAAAAAGAGUUUUUGUGGGAUCAGAUUAUCUUUAUGAAUUUUGUUCAGAAAUAAAUAAUUAAUGUUUGUUAGUAUGUGUACAUGGAAAUAAAUUAAGCUUCGAGAUUAUGAUCAUAUUUUUCAUUAAAUGCGUCUACCAAUUGAGAAAAUAUGCACUACAAAAACUUACUUUGCUGUCAUUGUUAUGAAUGGAUCAUUCUUACAACAAUAUUAUUAUUGUGUAAAUAAAUCAUUAUUUGUUGAAUCUAUUUGUAAUAAAUAUUAUUAUCAAAACCAA